AGGAAGAGGAGGCUGCACCUGUGGCAGGAGUCACGUGUCUCGCGUAUUGAUUGAUCCGGGCACCGAAGAGGCUUCCCGGCAUUCCCCACUGCUUCCUUCUGUGCUCGUACAGGGGCAGUAGCUUUGCCCAUCGCUUUCAAGCUUUUCUCGUGCUUAUACCAAUCCCACGCAAAAUGUGCGCUUGAAAUUUCAAGGGGUAGAGGAACCAUGAAAAGGCUGAAAGGGGUCCUCGAUGGACUGCGGCCCGGCUCUUCCGGUUACCAGUCACAGAAGGAUAAAUCGGAGCACCAUACGACUCUGGACACUGCGCCAGACGCCCCAACAACUACUGACAUCGACACUGUACAGGAGCAAUUGCGGCCCGAACAUUUCAAACUUACCAAGACUGUUCGGCAUGGGUUCCCCUUUCAUCCCACAGCUGUUGCCUUUGAUCCUAUACAAAGGCUACUUGCCAUUGGUACUCACUCCGGCACCCUUCGAGUAUUUGGUAGGCCUGGAGUGGAAUAUUUCAUGGAACACAGUGAUUUUCCCAUUAUUCAGCUAUUGUUCUUAAUAAAUGAGGGGGCCUUGGUUACCGUUACAGGUGAUGACUAUUUACAUAUGUGCAAUUUAAGGCAGAAAAAGCCUGAAAUUGCACAAUCCUUAAAAUUUCAGAAAGAAAGAUUAACAUACUGUCAUUUACCUUUCCAAAGCAAGUGGCUGUAUUGUGGUACAGAUAAAGGAAAUGUUCAUUUAGUGAAUGUUGAAUCUUUCACACUCUCAGGAUAUAUCAUUUACUGGAAUAAAUCUAUAGAACUCUCAUGCAAAACUCAUCCUGGUUCUGUAGUUCACCUAAGUGAAAACCCUUUAGAUUCAAACAAGCUUCUCAUUGGUUUUGAAAAAGGACUUGUAGUUCUAUGGGAUCUCAGAAAUAAAGCAGCUGAUGCAAGAUUUAAUAGUAGUGAGACUUCAAGUUUAAAAUCUGUUGCUUGGCAACUAGAAGGUAGGCAGUUCAUAUGUAGUCAUGGUGAAGGUAGCCUUAUAACAUGGAAUGUUAAAGUUCCCAACAAACCUGUCUCUGUUAUUUAUCCUCAUGCCAAAUCUCUUAUUGAUGGCAAACCAGAACCUUGUAAUGGAAUUUACAAAGUUGAAUCUAAGGUUAAUAGAGCUGGGGAUACAAUCACUGUUUUUUCUGGUGGUUUGCCAUAUGAAGAACGUGGAAAAACAUCAAGCCUAACUAUUCAACAAGGACGUUCAACAACAGUUUUAGAAAUGGAUUAUAGCAUUGUUAAUUUUGAAAUACUGUGUGAAGCUCCUUGGCACUCAGAAUAUCAAGAACCUUAUGCUAUAGUUGUUCUUCUGCAACGAGAUCUUGUUGUAGUAGAUCUUACCAGCCCUGGUUUUCCUUGCUUCCAAAAUCCAUAUCCUAUGGACUUCCACAAAUCACCUGUCACCUAUUGUGCCUACUUUGCAGAUUGUCCUAAUGAUCUCGUACCAGCCUUUUAUUCUGUCGGGUCAAUGGGCACCAAACAAUGUGGCUGCUCUGAUAAAGACUGGCCCAUUGAUGGUGGUGAGUGGGGUACUGCAACCCUUAGCUAUCCUGAAAUAGUGAUAACUGGACAUGCAGAUGGUUCUCUGCAAUUUUGGGAUGCUUCAUCAGUGUCCUUCCAAGUAUUGUACAAAUUAAAAACGACCAAGGUUUUUGAGAGGCCAAAGCCAAAAAGUAUAGAUGAGCUUGAAGAAGAUCCUUUUGCUAUUGACAAUGUUGCAUUUUGUCUGAACUCUAGACUUUUGGCUGUGGCAGGCUCAAGUGGCCAUGUUAUAGUAUAUAGCUUUAAGAAAAAUGAUGCAUCGAUUGAUCUGAAUAUUUUGGAAAUAUCUAUAAAAAGUGAACCUGAAGAUAAUUCUGGAAUAUCGGAAGGCAAUGAUUCUCAGAAUAGAUCUUUCUCAUUCCAAAGCUCUGGAAGAUCAAAUUCUGAGGACAGUGGAAAACAAUCUCAAACAGAAAACUACUUUCCACUUAAAGUGCGAACGGGACCAGUUCGAAUGACUGCUGGAUUUCAUGCUGACCUAGUGUGCCUCACAACACGCGUAGAAGGCGAAUCGCAACCAAAAAUCACAUCACUUGCCCUGCAGGCUGGAUAUGGGCUCAUGGCAUAUGGUAAUGAAAAUGGGCUUGCUAUUGUUGACAUUGUUCAAAAGACUUGUCUUUUAAACAUGGUAACUAGCGAUCUCUAUGGAUCAGCUGAUCCUUACCAUAGGCCACCUAAAUCUCCUAGAAGGACAAGCAGCUGUGCUAACUCUAGUUGUGAUGAUCAGGGACAUUCUCCAUGUGAAGAGCAAUCGGAAAAUACCUCUUUAAGUCCAACUAGUCGAUCUCAUCCCCACAGAAGAUCAAUGCAUGCCGAGAUGCGUCAUGCUCGAUCUCAAGCCGAGAGGCUUACAUUAGCAUUUAUUUCAGAAAAAUUUGAAAAUACAUUUUCAAGAUCUCGGAGUUCUAGCACUUCAAGUAUCAAGGAUAUCAAUACCGAAGAUUCUGCCAAUUCGGAAUGUGUUGUUUUCUUAAGGUUUUGUGAAUCAUAUGGUGGAAAAACUGAUUCAUGUCCAAGUCCAAGCUUGUGGGUUGGCACAAGCAUGGGAUCUGUUCUUGUCUUCCUGCUUAUUAUACCUCCCCCUGGAGAAUCUCGUCUUCUACAGCCAGUAAUUAUAUCGCCCAGUGGAACAAUUUAUCGUCUCAAAGGAGGGAUCCUCAAUGUUUCUUUUCUUGAUGCUUCUGGAAAUGUGAUACCUGAUUCUAUAGAACCUAUCAAAGAAAAAGAGAAAGAAGAAAAGAAAAGAUUAACAAGUCGACCAUCUUCGUCUUCCUUAGACCGCAGAGAGAAACAAUUUGCUGUCUUAACUUCAGAGCGACGAUCGCAUGUGGUUCUCUUGCCUUCUCAAACUGCGUUGUACAGAAAUGUUAUUUCAGAUACAUCAUAUGCUAUAAAAGCUGAUGUAUCUUGUCUUAAAGAUCCAGGAACGUGUUUAGUAUGCUACAUUGCCACUGGUCAUAUGAAUAUCUAUAGUUUACCAAGUCUGAGACAGUUACUCCAUAUAGAUUUUUUACCUGUAAUUAAUAUCAAAAACUUCUCCAGAAUGGCUCGGACAUUUUGUAUUAGUGCGAAUGGCCAUGGUUUAUAUCUUUGUUCUCCAUCCGAGGUUCAGAAAUUUACUAUUUCUGCAUCCUUUGGAAAUUUGCUUCAAGACAUGAUGGGUACCUUGUUUCUUACUAAAGAAAUGCCAGAACCUCCGAAACAGGGAUUUUUCAAGGGACUUUUUGGUGGAGGUCCGAGUAUACUGGACAAGGAAGAACUCUUUGGUGAGGCAAGUGGGAAAAGCUCAAAAAAUGUUGCACGCCAUUAUCCUGGAGGAACCGUGGAACAAGUUAAAGCUCAAAGCUCUUCACUUGCUGGCGACUUGUUAAGAGCCAGACAGGCACUUAAUGAAAGAGGAGAACACUUGAGCAAGCUCGAAGAUGUCACUGUCAACAUGAUGUCCGAAGCUGAAAUCCUGUCGGACAAGUCACAUCAGUUGUUGCUCAAAUACAGAGACAAAAAGUGGUAUCAACUCUGACUUGUAAAUUCAGACCAUUGUGCUGGAUGGGAGCUUGUUGUUUCACUUGAGCUCGGGAACAUUUGGGCUGCAAAAUAAAUAUAUUCGUUUUAGACGAAGUAUAGCCCUCUUUUUUUGUCAACAGGUCGAGGGGGACAUAACAUUCGUUGUGUAUAUUUCGAAGAUGUUUUUAAACGCUGCUACAAACCUAGCUGUGACCGAGAUGAAAGAGAUUACUCAUGCUACAGUGAGGAAUGAUAUAUCAUGCACUUAAAAUUAAUGUUGACAAAAUAUGUUCUCUUAAUAGAAGAAAAGAUGUGACUCUGUUUUGAACUGUAUGUUAAAACAGAUGUUUCGGUAAACUUGUUGUCUUUCAUAUUUUCCUAGUCUGGUUAAAAAUCAAAUCGUGAGACAGAAAAAAAAAAUAAGAAAUCAAAAAUAUAUUUGAAAUCAGCAUCCAUUGUGCACUUGUUAUAUCAUUAACACACAUAUAUCUAUUUUCUUUAUUUAUUGAAACAAACUGCACCUAUUAUAAGCACCUGUAGUGUUUUAUUCAUUUAAUAUCUUAUCAGUUGUAUACAUACAAAAUUUUACAAGGUGCUUGAAGAUUGCGUAGAACCGAUUCUUUCAAAAAUUAUUAUUUAUCUGUUUUGUUUAUCAGAGAACUAACUUGGAUAUCUAUAUAUAUGUAUAAAUAUGUGUAUUAUUUGUAAAUGUUGAUUAUUGUUUAACUAAAUGUUAGUGUUGUUGUUUAGCUAACUUUAAUUAGCUAUUUAUAUGUCUAUAAUUUGUUGCAACAUCAGAAGUUUCAUUUCUGUGUAAAGAUGUAAAAAGUUAAGCAGUCUUUGAGAGAAGAUCAUAAUCAUAACGAACAUUGCACCUGGCAAAUCUAUCUAUGCAAGAA